CACAGCUUGACGACGUAAGAGCUUCUGCAGCCUUGUCAACCAAAGUUACUUUCUGAACACUUUUACAGAUACCUUCGACAUAAUCGACCACAAUUCUUUCCAUCUUUGGCAAUCAACAAAUCCCCAACAUGCCAAUCUCACCAAUCCUCACAUUCAAGGCCGGCCAGUGCGAGGUCGAUACCUCUUCCAAGCCUUACAAGGUGAAGCCGCAAUCUGAGCCUGGUUACAUCUACCUAUACUCCGAAGAUGAUCUUGUCCAUUUCUGCUGGCGCAAGCGCACCGAGCCACUCGACAACCCCGAGCUGGACCUGAUCAUGGUUCCCACCGAUGGCAGCUUCACUCCCUACGAAUCUACAACAUCUUCCGAGCCCACCUCCAAGACUGAUGGUCGCAUUUUCGUCCUCAAGUUCUCUUCGUCAUCCCAACGACACAUCUUCUGGCUACAGUCAAAGCCCCAGAGCGAGAACGGAGACGCAGCCUACUACAGCCCUCGUGAUCGCAAGAUCGGCGAUAUCGUUAAUCGAUUGCUGCAGGGUGAGGAAGUUGAGGUGGCUGAGGAAAUGGCCACCGUCCGCAACGAUGACCAAGACGACGAUGAGGACGAGGCCAUGGAGGAUGCCGAUAACCAGCGCCCCCGAGAGCAACGAGGCAGUGGAGGCGCGGGACCUGAUGCUACAGGAGGAGAUGUCCGCGAGGAGGGCGAGGGCUCGCGAGAGGGUGGAGCUGAUGGUGCUAGAGCGUAGGUGAAUCCCUUUGCUUGGCUGAACAGAACGGCAUGCGUGCAUAUGUUGGAAUUGGAGUUUAGACCUAGAUCUGGGACCGCAGUUUAAACUGUAUAAAGCUAGUUUUCUUCG